AUGCUGCAGUAUGAUGAGCACAUGCUGGAGGCCGCUGCCCUUCAGCAACAGCCAAUGGCAAUACGGGAGCUUCGACAGUGGCAAAUAAUGGCGGAUCAAGAGCGACAAGAAGUGGGAGUUCGACAGCGACAAGCAGCGGCAAAGCGACAGCGAGAAGCAGCAGUCGAAGCUCGACAGCGACAAACAAUCGUAGACCUCCAGCGACAAGAAAUAGCCGCCAUGAACCAAGAGACCGUGAACGCUGGUUCAAAUACUUCGGUCAAGCUAGAACAUGCGGAAGCGGACUUGACUACCGCAGUCAAGAAUUUGACGGAGAGUACGACCGCGCUGCAUGCCAAGAUCGAUGCACUUCAUGCCGAGUUGCAUGAGGCCAGAAGGGAGACGCAAGAGGGCACGGAAGAUGUGAGGGGACAGGUCAUGAGGCUUGCCUCGGACUCUGAUGGGUUGAAGGCGAUGGUGGAGGACUUGGGGGAGAAGGUUGAUGAACUGUGA